AUGCGUAUUGUGGGAUCCGCAGCACUGCCGGUGCUGUUUGACGGCGAUGCGCGAGUAGGAGACGUUGAGGUACGCGUGGUAGACGGGCUGCCAAACGGGUUCAUUGUGGGAGCAGACUUCCUUAGCCGGAAUGCUAGCGUGCUCGAUUUCAGCUCCAGCAGAGGCUUCAGGCCUGUACCAGCAGCACCCGGGGUGCCUUUUCUGUCGAUUGCACCAUACGCCUCCCAGGCUGCAAGCCCCCUCCGCAACGCUCGGGACCAGUUCAGUCUACUCACGGCUACCCCCGAGAACGCCCCCGCAGUGCCCGCCGUUCCCACAGACGUGCCCAGCUACGAGGACGUGGUGUGGGAGGACGACACCUCCUUCGAGUGGGACGUGCGACAAGUUUCGGAGACCAUCGACAUCGAGGGUUUCACCACUCGCGCGGUGGAAGCUGCGGCUGUGGGGAAUCUAUCCCGCGUCUGGCUUGACGACAUUCUCAUCGCUAGCGACACAUGGGAAGAAUAUCUCGCCACUUUGACGCUCGUUCGGAACCGCCUUCUGGCUGCGGGGCUGUCCGUAAACUUCGCGAAGUGCAUUUUCGGCGCAGCAUCGCAGGAGUUCUUCGGCAUGAUCACCGACAGCACGGGCCUUUACCCUGCUCAGUCCAAGCUAGAUGCAAUCACACGCAUUCCUCGGCCACACACAGUAGAGGAGCUGCGCACCUUUUUGGGUCUCACCGGCUACUUGCUCAGAGCUUCGCUCAUGCAGACAACCGAUGGUGUCACCAGCGCGGUGGUGUUCGCGAGCCACCGGUUUUCACAAACCGAUGCUAGACGCGGGCCCACGGAACGAGAAUGCAUGGGGGUCCUCUGGGCGGUAGACCAAUUCCGGCCGUGGGCGCUGCGGCUGAUGGAGUACGACCUGGCGCUGGAAUGGAAGGCGGGGGUAGAGCACGUAGUGCCCGAUGCUUUGUCCCGGCUGCCCGUGGCGAACCCGGUAGAAGUCGACGUCGACGAUUCGUUUCCGGAUGAUCUGUCGUUUGCUACAGGCCUGCGGUAG